UUGCUCAGUAUGUUUCUGAGGCUGCUUACCAUCUGGAGGACAUAAAGAAGGAAACAGCCAGGAGUAAAUAAAGUGUUGUACGGCAAGAAUGUUGCCCCUCACAGAUUUGUUGCUAGAGAAACUGGCUGUGGAGAAAACCUUGUUCCGAACCAUGGUUAUCUCCAGCCUGCUGCUAUGCCUGCUGGCCUUCCUCAUCCAUCAGUGUUUAAAGGCCUUUGACAUCUGCUACUGUUAUUAUGUCAACUGCCAGAGACUACGCAGUUUCCCACAGCCGCCUCACUGCAAUUGGUUCCUAGGCCACAUGGGAAUGAUUCCACCCACUGAAGAAGGAUUGGCCAAAUUGGUCCAGAUUGUAAGCACCUUCUCCCCGACAUUUAUGGUAUGGAUGGGGCCCUUCCUGCCACUCUUGUCCUUGGUUCAUCCUGAUUAUAUCAAGCAAGUUAUGACAGCAUCAGCUGAUACUGCUCCCAAGGACAAAUUCUUCUAUAGCUUCCUGAAGCCCUGGCUUGGAGAUGGAUUAUUACUGAGCAAUGGGACAAAGUGGGCACGACACCGGCGUUUGCUCACUCCUGCCUUUCAUUUUGAUAUCCUGAAGCCUUAUGUGAAAAUCUUCAAUCAGAGUACAGACAUCAUGCAUGACAAGUGGCACAAACUGAUCUCAGCAGGUCCUGUUUCUCUUGACAUGUUUAAGCAUAUCAGCCUCAUGACUCUAGAUAGCUUGCAGAAAUGUGUUUUCAGCUCUAAUAGCAACUGUCAAGAGAAAUCAAGUGACUAUAUUGUGGCCAUCUUGGAGCUCAGUUCCCUUGUCGUGCAGCGGCACACUAAACUGUAUCUGCAAUCUGACUGGGUUUACUACCUGACAUCCCAGGGCCGCCGUUUCCGUCGUUCAUGUGAAAUUGUGCAUCAUUUCACAGAGAAUGUAAUUCAGGAACGGCGAAUGGCACUUAACCGUUUGGGCCAGAAUGCCUGGCUCACAUCCAAGCAGGGCAAAACCAUUGACUUCAUUGAUGUUUUGUUGUUGGCCAAGGAUGAAGAGGAUCAACAUUUGUCCGAUGAAGACAUAGCAGCUGAAGCGGACACAUUUAUGUUUGAAGGCCAUGACACUACAGCAAGUGGCUUGUCCUGGAUUCUAUACAAUCUCGCUCAAAACCCCAAGUAUCAAGACCAAUGCCGGGCAGAGAUUCAGGAUCUGCUGCAGGGGCGAGAAAGAAAAGAAAUUGAAUGGAAAGAUCUCUCCCUCAUGCCCUUCACCACCAUGUGCAUCAAAGAGAGCCUGCGCCUGCACCCUCCAGUCACAGCCAUAUCUCGACGCUGCACUGAAGAUGUGAACCUUCCUGAUGGACGAGUUAUCCCUAAAGGGAAUGUCUGCCUGGUCAGUAUCUUUGGGACCCAUCACAAUCCUGCUGUAUGGCCAGAGCCUGAGGUCUAUAACCCAUAUCGCUUUGAUUCAGCACAUCAUCCACUAGCUUUUGUGCCCUUUUCUGCAGGACCAAGGAACUGCAUUGGGCAGAACUUUGCCAUGGCAGAGAUGAAGGUGGCCCUGGCACUGACAUUAUUGAGGUUUGUGGUGCAGUUGGAUGAGAGCCGACCUGUACGGCGCAAGCCAGAGCUAAUCCUGCGGGCAGAGAAUGGGCUGUGGCUGCAAGUGGAACCAAUCCGUGCUGAAUCUUGAUCAGAAGUUCUAUAUAGAAUUUGCUGGUCUACAACCUGGCAUCUAUAUUGUAAUGCACCAAGAGGACUUGUGAUCAGAGAUGCUUUUUGCUUCUAGCUUUGUAGAAGGCAGGAUAGAUGUAUUUUGCACACAAUUUUCCACCAUUGUUUAUAUGUCUCCUGGUCUACUAAUUGCUGCUUAGCCCUAGUUUAUUGCUUUGCUACCAUGAAGAUCUCCAAGAGGUAUUCUAAAUUAAAGCCAUACGAAAUGAACUUUUGGCUUGGUUUUAAAUAUUUAGGUGAUGGGAUGCCUAUAGUAUAGAAUCAAACUUCCAGGUUUUCAAAAAAAGAUUGGACAGUCAUUUAGAAUUGUCUGGGAUGCAAUAUGGUCUCCUGCCUUGGGCAGGUCUAGAAGAUUACCAAGGUCCCUUCCAGCCCUAUGAUUUUAUGAUUCUAAGCUAUUCAAUGACAACUGUCUGCAAAACUAUAGCCCAAGAAUUCCAGCGCAAAAACAAAUGCAUUCUGAAUAUUCCAAACAUCAUCUAGGUUGGCUUUCCAUGCUGUGCUUUUAUGUACUGCUAUUAACAUUCUAUCCCUUCCAAGGGGUGUUUCUAAUCCUUUCUAACAAAAGCUAUUUCCAUUCUGGAAAAUCGUCUCCACUGUGAGGAAAGUAGAAGAAGGAAGGAGUAUUAAGUAUGCUCACCACCUUGAGUUAUUGUAAAAAUAAUAAAGGUGGGAUACAAAUACUUAGACAAAUAAACAAAUAUAAAGUUUCACUUAGGUGUGAUGAUUCAGUCUAUUUUACUCUAGUUUAAUUCAUAUUUUAUUCAUGCCUUGAUAACCCAUUUUUAUUCAUGUAUUGUUUUAUUUAGCACAUAGAAAUAACUGUUGCUUUUUCCUAUUGGAUGUGCCUUGACCGGAGGUUGACCUGCUCUUUAGACCAUAGUAAUAGAUGAAAACCAGGCUUCCUGCCUUCUUCCCUUGGAAUGCCUACUCACCACGGGGAUUGAUGAGAUUAGGUACCAAGUUAUUUAGAAAUGCUUUUACUGUAGAAAUGUUAUUGAUAAGAUAAAGAUCCUAGCACAUCUUGUAAUCUUUACUUGAACUAGGUUAUUAUGACUAGUGAAAAUAUAUGCAUGAUGUUGCUUUUUAUGAUUAGUUUAUAGCAUUGUAUGUUUCCAUAAUUGUCCCAAACGUGCUUUUUCCAA